CUAUCACCUGCACAGUUUUCACAAGCAGAAUUUGAGUUAAUUAGCAGACAGAUUGCUGGUGUUAACACUCUGGACAAGUUACCAGAGAUCUGGGGCAACUGGCAGUCCUUGUACAAACACUGAUAAUUUUAAGCUGCUUACUGCACUAAUGUUGAGACUAGGUGACCAUUUGUAUAAAGGCCUGCCACUGGUGUUGAUCUCAUCCUGUUUAUGUUGAUUCUUGACAUUGUGUUUUCUAUAGGAUUUUUCUUUCUUAUUGACUUCAAACAUCCUUACCAAUACAAUAGUGGAUUUUAAUUUCCAAGCUGUGGAAGAGUAGAAAUGUGAAAUGGAUAUAGAAUGGUGGAAAGACAAGAUAUCGGAGGACAUUUAUGAAACUCUACGAACAAAGGAGCAGCACCUUCCCCCGUAUCAUGGACACUCUCCUCAGCAGUGGUUCCGGCGCCACCUGGUGGAUUGGCUGGCCAUCGUAGUGGAUACAUUUUAUCUAGGGACCACCUCUCAACAUUUAGCUGUCCACCUGCUCGACUUCUUCAUGGAUAAGCUUGAGGUGGAUCAGAAUCACCUUUAUCUCCUUGCCAUGGCCUGUCUGUCCAUCUCAGUGAAGUACGAGGAGCAUUGUGAUAAGACGCUGAAGUUGAACAGCCUGAACCACAUGUUGCCCUCUCACAGUCUGCUGAGUGUCGGGUACUCGGCCACAGAACUCACAAACAUGGAGAUCACAGUCCUCAACUUCUUUGACUGGUCACUCUCCAUCCCGACAGUGGCUCAGUUCGUGCCCUACUUUCUGGUGGUGUCUGUGGAUAACCAUGACCUCAUUGAUGGUCAACCAAUUUUAUGCAAGUCCGCGGUAGUCACAUGUUUGGAGAAGCACACUAAGUACUUUAUGGAGAUCUCCCUGCAAGACCAUGUAUUCCGCAAUUACACCCCAUCUUUGAUUGCGGCUAGCUGCAUUGCUGCCUCCCGCAUCUCGCUUCGCCUGACACCUACCUGGCCCCAACACCUGCAGUUGAUGACAGAUUACUUCAUAGAGGAGCUGCUGCCCUGUGUCAAUAUCAUGCUCAGGUUCCAAAAGAAGGAUCUCCAGUUGUCCCAAUGUUCCCCUCUACCCGCCCAGUACCCCCCGGUCACCCCUCAUCAUCAGUACCAGUCCCCGAUGUACAACACCCAGUGUUACCCUCCCAACUUUGUGACCCCCCAGCACAUGAUGGCCCAGGGUGGGAAGCCACAGCUGUUUGGAUGUAGAGGAUCCUGAUACUGACCAUUAGACGGGGACACCGACGCUGGGCAGUUAUCAAGCUCUCAAUAUGAUGAGCAGUUGCUGUAUUCAGAUGAAGAUUUGGAUAUAUGAUCCACUGCAGGAUUCCUGGAACUACCUCACAAAGCUAGCUUGUCAUUGCGUAAACAUUUGAAAGCAGUUGUGGUUUUGGAAAGUUCUUUAACUUAAUGAUAGCGCCAUCGAAAGACAAAUCAAGCAAAUUUCUUAGUGCCAUUUGGAUUUAUGCAGUGCUAGACUGGAGUGAUCUUCCUUAACAUUUGGUGCAGAUACCCUUGUUGAUGUUCAAAGUACUCUGAUAAUUAUUGUGUGUUUCAGGUUAUUAUGUAUUGAUUCUGUAUAUCAGUAUCAAAUAGUCUUAGAAGUUAAAUUGGUUCUUGUUUAUUUUUUCCAAAGUUGUUUGAAAUGGAAGGUGAACAUAUGUUUACAAAAUGUAUUCGAAUGAGCAGGUAAAGAAGUUUGAUUUGAAUGUUUGUUGUAAUUCAACUACUUGUUCAUAUUUAAUUGCAUUUUGAACAAAAUAGUCUGAAUUUUUGUAUUUGAUUCAUAUCUUUUAAUUUCUUUUUUAUCUGGAGGAUGGGGUAUCAUUUUGGAAAGUUUUCAUAUGUUUUGGGAUUUUAUGCUGAUAAAAAAAAUUACAACUUGUGAAAACAUGAAUAUAUCUUACUGUUUCUAGUCAUUUGCAAUACAUGUGUUCAGAGUUUUAAUUUUGUUUAGAAAAACAAACUUCUCUUUUUUUUAACUAUUCAGCAAUUUGAUGAUUAAAUGUAACAUCAAUUUUAUAGCCAAAAAUUAGCUUUGUUUUUUGCAAAAUUGGCUUUGCUUUGUACGAAGCAAAGAAGGUAAGGGGGAUAACUCUUGAGAACUUAAUUGUACAUGUACCACUUGUUUUUUUUACCUGAGAGAAAGAGGGAGAAAGAAAUUUUAGUCUUUCAUACAUGUCAGAGUCUUUUCUGUAUAAAGCCUAGUCUAUUUUUUUGUGUUCAUUGUAACUUGCUCAAUUCAGGGCCAGGUUUUCAAUACUUUGUUAAAAGUGCAUAAUGAUUGUUGGAAUAAAACAGCCGUUUUUA